CACGAAACGCACCUUAUGGGUUCUGCUCAAUAGAGAGCCUUUAUGAAACGCAACAGAAUGAGCAAAAUUAUCAUUGUAGUUCUUGAAAAUUAGUGAACGCCAUGGAAAACAAUGCAAGUUUCUUGCAGUCUUAGUUAAAAUCCAACAUCUUAACGAACAUGACGUGACUUUUCAAUUGAAUGUCACCUCUUUUCGAAGCUUAUUUGUUAUAACUGUUUUUAGAAUCAUUCUUAGGUUUGAUUAAUUGUUAUUUGCAUUAUUGAUGGAUUGACUGAUCAAGGAAAGAUAACAUACAAGUGAGGAGACAGUUUCAGUUCAGUUCAUAUUUAUUCAUUUUCACAUGGACUGAAUGAAACCGGGAGGCGUUCCUAUGGACAAGGCAAAUUUUGAGAAUUGAUUGGUUCUACCGAGCUGUAAGUGGGAGUUUUUUCUGUAACAGAAAGUGUUCUGCAGUGUUCAGUGAGUCUUUUGUUGAGAAGGGUCUCUCGCUCGCUCUCUCUCUCUCCGAGUGAGUCAUGCAUGUACAUGGAUCUGCCAGGAUGUGGGGGGAGAGAGAGACAUCUUCUCAGUAGAGCCCUGUCUCUCUCUCUUUCUCUCUCUGCCAUCUCUGGCCCUCUAUCUCUGUGAAGGAGCGACCCAGUGCUGCUUUUCUCUCAUUGCACUCUUGUCUCCAUGGAUGCUGUGUUUUGUGGUUUAUUUUUGGUCCCUGAGCUGCUGUGCAGCGUUGGAUUUCCCUGACAGCAGCAUCCGCAGCAACAGCCUGCCGCUCUCUUUACCUCGAGCCCAGCAAGCAGGCGUUUGCGUCCGUGCGUGUGGACAGUUUCUCAGCUUCAGCAUGCCAAACGAGCGGACGGUCCGCCAGGAGUUGGAUGUGUCCGUUGGCGUGUAGGCCAGCAUACCAAGGGGAAUGCUUCACCGUGCUAAAUACAACCGAUUCCGGAAUGAGUCAGUGACGUCUGUCGAUGAACUUCUGCACGGUCUCUCCAUGAAUACGAAGGUCUCGGCCGUCCCGCCCUCACCGCCCGUUGGCGACCCUCUGUACACCCCACCAGCCGAGGUCUUGCCCCCCGACCCCGCAGAAGAGUCCGGCACCACCUUGUGCACCCUCAUCAACAAAGUCUCCAACCUCAAAUUCGCCAACUCCUCCGGACUGCUCAGCAUCAAGGGUCUGCCGUCCACUGUCAAAGACCUGGCCGUGUCCAAGCUCCAGGGAGGAACGGGGGGAGGUGGCUCGAGCAGCCCUAGCUCGUCUGCCCUCACGGUGGCCACUGGGGGCAGCUUGUGCUCCUCGGCCGCUUCCGGAGCCCCUCACACCCCGCUGGAGCCGAGCUCUGUGAGCUCGGGGAAGAAGGGGAGGAUGGAAGAAUUUCAGCCCAGCGGAGAGGGGUGGAAUCUAGCUGGUGCGGGUGGAAUGGGUGCCGCGGGUUGCGGGGGACUGGUGAAUAAGCCAUCUCGUGGAUGGCUGCACUUGAGUGAGAAGAUUUCUGGACCUGGAGUGACAUACAUUGUUAAGUAUUUGGGCUGUAUUGAAGUUCUUCGGUCUAUGAGAUCUCUGGACUUCACCACACGAUCGCAAAUCACAAGGGAGGCGAUCAGUCUGGUGUGUGAAGCCGUUCCUGGUGCCAAAGGAGCUCUACGCAAGAAAAAGCCUCCCUCUAAACUUCUUUCCAGUAUUUUGGGGAAGAGUAACCUGCAGUUUGCUGGUAUGAGCAUCAAUCUGAACAUCUCAACCAGCAGUUUAAACCUAAUGACACCUGACUCCAAACAGAUAAUAGCCAAUCAUCACAUGCAAUCCAUAUCCUUCGCUUCUGGUGGAGAUCCGGACACGACCGACUAUGUCGCUUAUGUAGCGAAAGAUCCUGUCAACCGGAGAGCAUGUCAUAUUCUAGAGUGUUCUGAUGGUUUGGCUCAGGACGUGAUCAGUACGAUAGGUCAGGCGUUCGAUCUGCGGUUUCAGCUCUACCUGCAGUGUCCGUCGAGCAAACCCUCGACACUGCAUGACAGGGUUAUGAGUACAGACGAGCCACUGUGGACAGAGGAAGGGGAGGAGUCCGCCAAUCAUCACUACUACAACAGCAUUCCUGGCAAGAUGCCGCCACCAGGAGGCUUCAUUGACACUAGACUGACCAAUCAGACGCAAGAUAGCAGCCAGGGUGCUGGAGUCGACCAAACAUACUACCAAGGCCGACCCAUGUUCAUCCAACAAGGGUCCUGUGACAUAUACAGUCUGCCUGAGGUCAAAGGUCAGGCCCCUAAGCCUGGAGAAGUCCCCACGUAUGUGAACACACAGCACAUUGACACGCAGGUGUUGGCGGCACUGCAGGGUGAGACCGAGACGGUGUCUGAUACGGGCACGAGCGGGGCAGCAAGAGACAGCCCGAGGAAGGACCUCUUUGACAUGAAGCCAUUUGAGGAUGCGAUCAUGACCCAGUCUCCAGCUCCUGCCCCUCCGCCGUCAGAACUCCAUAAAGCUGCAUCUGUGGAUAACUCCAGUCCACUGCUGGUGCGAGCGGCGGCCCUCAGAGCUCAGGAGGAGCUGGAAGACCAGAGCUGGUAUCAUGGAGAGAUGAGCCGACGCCAGGCAGAGAAACUGCUGCUCCACGACGGAGACUUCCUUGUGCGGAAGAGCACCACAAACCCGGGGUCGUACGUCCUGACGGGGAUGCACAAUGGACUCGCCAAACAUCUUCUGCUGGUCGACCCAGAGGGCACGGUACGGACGAAAGAUCACAUAUUCGAGAGCAUAAGCCACCUGAUUGGCCAUCACCGUGACAACAACCUGCCAAUUGUCUCGGCAGGAAGUGAACUGUGUUUGAAGCAGCCGGUCGAAAGAAAACAGUGACAACACCUCAAAAAACAUCGAAUGGGUCACCGCGACAUGCUUUUAUGAAAACAUGCCCAGAUGACUUUCCAAUGAUUUACGUUCUCGUCGUCAGAGAACACUCAACAAUUGUCACAAGGUUUGACAAGGUGGCAGUAGACGACAGAAAAAUAGUUUUUAGAUAACGAUGGACGAUUUUAGUUUGGACGAUGUGAAGGCGCUCUUACGGAAAGUGGAACGAAACCUGAUUUAUAGAACUGUUAUUUGAUUUUAUUGCGCUGGUGGAGAAUCUAUAUUUUUGAAGAAGACUUUGGUGGAUUUCGGACGGUUGUUUGAAACGAAAUUCGCAGAUAUAGUUUGGAAGAAACGUAACUUGAUCUCCAAGAGUGGAUGAGGUGAAAACUAGACCAAGAGAAAGUAUUUUAGAAUUAAAAAAGUUUUAGUUUUGUCUAUCAAGCACAACCAGAUUUUCAUGUUCGAAGAUAGAAGAGAUAGAAGAAAAAUAUUUGAGAAAAUGAAAAAAAGCUGUUUAUAUUCACCUAUUAUAGGAAUAUGUUCUUUACCGCAGCUAGUGUGCGAGAUCAUUUGGUAGCUUCUAUCAAAUCACUGUUGAUUAUGCUUUUCAAAGGGAAGAUUUGAAUGUGUUUGCUUGAACUGAAAUCACACUCAAAGACACGCCACACAAACACUCUGCAAGUCACCAAAACUAGAACGCACUGCGCAAAAAUCUUUUUCUUAAUCAGUGUUUUUGCCUUGUUUUCUAGUAAAAACAGUUUGUUUUUUAAGUCUAAAUUUAGUGAGGUUUAUGCUUAAAAUAAGAAGCACUGUUCCAAUGGGGAAAUAAAGUACAUUUUUGUAUUAAGCAAUGUUACAAUUUUAUAUUAAUAUUAAAGAGUUUUAAGAUUUAACAAUCAUUUCUGCACCACUAACAUCAUCAAACAGAAUUGCAAAAAGAACCAAAUAAGUUUGUCAAAACUUUGAUGUUGGCUUGAGAAAGCCUUCUCUGAAAAAUAUAAAAAGACAGAAAGAUUGUGAGAGAUUUUGGAUCAUCUGCAACUAGAAAACUGUUCGUAUGAUUGGUUAGAAAAGACAGAGCAACCUGAUGGUCUGUGCCAAGUUUGGUGGAUGUAGCUUAAAAGCUCUACAGAAGCCCUGAACCGUACUGUGAAAAAAAAAUAAAAAUAAAAUUCACAAUGCAAUAAUUUUUUUAGGCGUCUUAGUGCCUUCCUGAGCCUUUCUCUCUCUCUCUCUCUCUCUCUCUCUCUCAAAAAAAAAAGGUUUUUCUUUAAAAAAUGUGUUUUCUCUCUCUGAAAAAAAAAAAAAACAUUUCUCGAAGAUUUUUAUUUCCUCAAAAAAAAAAAAAAAAAUCCUCAGAAAUUUGUUUUUUCCUCUCAAAAUUUUGUUUCUCCUCAAGAAGCAACACAUGAGAUUUUUUUUUCAAUUAUUAUUAUAAUUUUUUUGCCUGCUAGCUAACAAUUAGCAACCUUAGCCAGCAGGUGCCACUAUCAG